GAUAAGGUGGUGUCAUAAAUUUGAGUUUUCAGUAGUACAAAACAAAGUGAACAAUAUGAUAUUAAUUUAAAGUUUUGUGUGCAUUUCGCUAUUUUGUUUAUCAUUAGUGUUAAGUAACUACCUAUUCAAAAAUAGAUAAACAAAGUAGAAGACUUAAAUCUGGAUUAUUAGUAAUUUUCCAAAUGUAUGAAUGUCAAUUUUUAUUUUAAGAAUAAAGAUAUUAAGAGUUCAAGGCGGAUUUACUAGGACACAGUCUACUUACUAGUUGGUCCCUAAAAUUGGAUAAUAAGGGUACAUAAGUUCUCAAGGAGCUGUUCUAAUGGUUUACCUACGAUUUUCCUGAUUGAUCGAGAAUAUACAUGUUCUUACUAAAACAUCUGUGAUAUUCAAGAUGUGAUUGAUACUCCUUCACAAAUUUGCAUAAACUGCACACAAUUCGUUAAUAGUAUCCACAAUAUUCAACAACCAAAUAGCUCACAAUGGAGAAAGACCAGAAACAGAAAAACUCAAAACGUCACAAUGCAACGGACGCACACUCGAACCGCCACAAUGUCAAUUCCAGCUCGGGAGUCCUGAUGGUGGGACCUAACUACAGGGUUGGUAAAAAGAUCGGCUGUGGCAAUUUUGGAGAACUGAGAUUAGGUAAAAAUUUAUAUAAUAACGAACACGUCGCUAUCAAAAUGGAACCGAUGAAAUCCAAAGCGCCUCAACUUCAUCUAGAAUAUAGAUUUUACAAACUCUUAGGUACUCACGAAGGUGUACCUGACGUUUAUUACUUUGGACCUUGUGGUAAAUAUAAUGCUUUAGUCAUGGAACUGCUGGGUCCCAGUUUGGAAGACUUAUUUGACAUGUGUGAUCGAAAAUUUUCAUUAAAGACUGUGCUCAUGAUUGCAAUUCAAUUGCUUCAUCGUAUAGAAUACGUUCACUCUAGACACCUUAUUUAUAGAGACAUUAAACCAGAGAACUUCCUUAUUGGAAGGAGUAGUACUAACAAAGAGAAAGUAAUUCACAUUAUAGAUUUUGGACUAGCUAAAGAAUAUAUUGAACUGGAGACUAAUAAACACAUACCCUACAGAGAGCACAAAUCUCUAACGGGUACAGCCAGAUAUAUGUCGAUAAAUACUCAUUUAGGUAAAGAACAAUCUAGAAGGGACGAUCUUGAGGCUCUAGGACAUAUGUUUAUGUACUUUCUGAGGGGAUCUUUGCCUUGGCAAGGAUUAAAAGCAGAUACCUUAAAAGAGAGGUAUCAAAAGAUCGGAGACACGAAACGUGCCACUCCCAUUUUUGUUUUAUGUGAUGGUCAUCCUGAAGAGAUGGCGGCAUAUCUAAGAUAUGUAAGGCAAUUAGACUUUUUUGAAACUCCUGACUAUGAAUACUUAAGAGAAUUGUUCAUUUCUUUAUUUAAUAAAAAAGGAUAUACCGAUGAUGGAGAGUUUGAUUGGUCAGGCAAGACGAUGAGUACCCCUGUAAGUGCUCUUCAAACUAAUGCUCAUGAAGGUCUCAUAUCAGAUAAACCGCUCUCUCCAAAAAGGAUUGCUUUCUACGGCGGUUGGCAAAAUCCGUCCAAACAAAGUGCUUUAGGAAACCUCACUCCCGCUGACCGACAUGGAUCUGUCCAGGUGGUGAGUUCCACAAACGGAGAACUUAAUACAGAUGAUCCUACUGCAGGCCAUAGCAACGCUCCCAUUACUCAACCGGUCGAAGUCGAAAUCGUGGACGAAACAAAGUGUUGUGGAUUCUUCAAGAGGAAGAAGAAAAAAAGUGUACGUUCUAAAUGACUACAGUACAGUGAGACGGACCAGCAGCUAGUACUAUUGUCAUCUAGACGCAGUAAUGCUACCUUGAACUGAGAUUUCGCGAAAAGACCACUGUCAAAUUGUUAAUUAAAUAUUGUAGUACUCUAAGAAUAGUCCUGAUUAAACUUAAGAUUUAAGUCCUACCAU